AUGAGCGAGGAUGAAUCCUCCGACGAUGAAGUGAUUUCCAUCAAAAGCGAAGACGAGGAGUUUCAUGGCCCGAAGAUCGAAAGCCAGACUCCAAGCCCAACGAGAAGCCAGGCUCCGCGGCGUGCCAAGACUGAGCGGAAGGCGAGCUGGGUUGAGCUGAGCUCGACUGAGGAGGACGAUUCUGAAGACGAGGUCAUGGAUAAUACUGAUAAAGGAGACGAUGAUGGGAAAGAAAGUGGGCAGCAAGGCGAGGAUCAGGAGGUCAGGGAGGAGCAGUCUGGCCCUGAUGCCCAGCUGGUCUCCUACGAUACUGGCAUCAUGGUGAUCGAUUGA